GUUAUUGCUAUGGCUCAAUAUUCAAGACCGAGGAUUUCUCAGAGCAUGAAGACGCAGUCUCCAAUGGUUGCAAUGGCCACAAACGACCCUCUUCCUCCGGGUUGGGAAAUUAAAAUUGAUCCACAGACUGGAUGGCCAUUCUUUGUGGAUCACAACAAUCGGAUAACUACAUGGAAUGAUCCAAGACACGAUGGUAAAAAGAUCAGCCCCACAUCCUCAAACGGGCCCUGUGUUCCCAUUGAGUCUUCUCCGCAGGACACCCAGAAGGGCUUUGUCAGAGAGAUGAAGCUCCCAGUUCUCCGCCCAGGCUAUGUCCCCAUUCCAGUGCACCAUGACAAUAUUGAACUCCGUCAGCCCUGCUUCUCCUAUGUCCAGCCAUCCACCUUACAGAACAUCAGAGCAGAGGGACGCACCCCGUCCCCUACGCCGACAAUGCACUGCCGGGCCCGAUCCCCAGUACACGUCAACUCAGACGGUUCCCUUGGUGAUUCCCACUGUACAUCUUACUCACCUGUUUCACAAGGACCAGAGAUUCAACGAAUGAGUCCAGACACAGUCCCACUCCACCAGCCCUCUCGACCCAGCAGCACUGGUCUCCAGGCAGGCUAUAUCCCCAUUCCAGUCAUACAUGAGGGGGCAGGAGGUGCAACACAGCCUCAGAUGAACCCCACGUAUCACUCCCAGUACUACCCUCCAACACACACGGAGUACCAGCCCUCCUACCACUGCCGGCAACCAGAGGAGUGGGCAAGUAUGCACCAUGGGCCCAUGUCAGCUCCUCGUGAUAACAGGAUACAUCGUGAGAGUGCCGUCCCUAUCCACAUCACACAGAGCCGUGACCUGCCAUCCCACAUGAGGGCCCAGUCACCAGUCAGAUCACAGGUCAUGGGAGAGAGGCCACAAGUCCAGCAUCACAUUACACAGAGAGAUGCUGCCCCUAAAAUCGAAAGGGAGUUUCCCAUCAGUCAAACUGUUCAGAGUGAGGAUGUUCAAAGACCGAUAGUUGGUACACAACAACUACAACCCCCGCCUCAGCCAGCUCAAACUCAGCAAGUACAACAGCAGCCAUCCCAGCAAACAACACAACAAGCAUUUCCCCAACCACAAUCACAACAAGCGUUUCAACAACCACCACAUCAAGUAUAUCAACAACCACUACAACAAGCGUUUCAGCAACCACAACAAUCGUUUCAACAGCCACCACAUCAAGCGUUUCAGCAACCACCACAACAAGCAUAUCAACAACCACCACAGUCACCACAACAAGCAUAUCAACAACCACCACAGUCACCACAACAAGCAUAUCAACCACCACCACAGCCAACACAACAAGCAUAUCAACAACCGCCACAGCCACCACAACAAGCAUAUCAACAACCACCACAGCCAACACAACAGCCCCAGCAGACUGCCAACAUCACCAUCCAAGUUCCAGACAAAUCAGAUCACCCGGAGCCAGUUGCUCCCCCACAAGAGGCUCCGUCAGCAAAAGCGGAGCCUGAUGUUUCAGCUGAACUGCCGCCCCCAAGUCAUCCAGGCCUGAUGAAAGUGCAGCGGAUUGUGGAGCGGGUGGACAAACUGGAAGAAGAGGUGAAGCAGUUCAAUGGCAAAAAGAAUGACAAAAAGUAUUUACUACUAGAGGAGCUGUUGACCAAAGAGCUACUAGCCUUGGACUCAGUGGAUCCUGAAGGGCGAUUGGAUGUACGUCAGGCAAGACGAGAUGGUGUGCGCAAAGUCCAGACCAUCUUGGAAUACCUAGAGACUCUAAACGAUCAGCCACCACCACCAGAGCCUGCACCUUCAACUAAGGGCUCCGUGGCCGAGGUCUCUGACCAAGAGCAGAAAGGCGAGCCGAGUAUGAUUGGCCAGGCAGAUGUGGAGAUGGCAAAGGAUAUAUCCUAAUGACUGAGGAGCCAAAGAGAUUGAAUGCAAGAAACUUGUCUUCUUGUCCACCUUCUUCUGCUUGUCACCCGCCAUCACUUGCUAUUUUACUGCUGCGAUUAAGUUGCAUGCUUAAAUUAUUUAAUGUUUUCUGCUCUCCGACAUUUAAUGUGAUUGGUUGCUGAGUGUUAUUCUGUCAUAUGAUGUAAAAGCAGUGUUGUUGCCUUUCACCAAGCUAAUUACCUUGUAGCAGGACCAUAGUGGUGACAGCUAUUCAGAAAUGAGAUUUAUUGAAGAGGCCUUCAGACAAAAGCAAGUAUUUGUUUUUGACACAGAUAAUUGCCUUUUGUCCUUUUAAGAAUUGAGUGGUGGCUGUGAAGCUUGAAUUCAGAACUAACAUGCCCAGAUUCUAUUUUUUGUUUGUGAAAGGGCUACUGGAUAAAAAAGGCUACUGGAUAAAAAAAAACCUCAACAGUUAGCCUGCACUCAGUUUUAUUCAAGUUCUUUAAAAGAGCAUCAUUUUCUAAAAAAUCAUCAUCACUUGAUCACUGGUGGAUUUGAUAUUACAUUAUGACCACAUUUAAAUUUGCUGUAUUUUUGUGGGGGAAUUGUUAUGUCAUAAAGUUGUCAUGUAUGUGGUAUUACAGUGCUACGCUCAGUUUGCCCAUCUCCUGCUGCUUCUCCCAAUGCCUGUUUUGUGAUAUUGCAACUUGUAUCACUAUAGUAUUGUAAUAAGUUUACAAAUGAAUAUUACUGUCAAUUAUAUUCAUAUUAAUUAUAAUAUAUUUUUACUUAAUAUUUUUGUGCCAAAAGUUUUUACAGUAUGAAGAUCUAUUGUAAAAGCAGUCCAUGGUGUCCAUGAAAAUGUGCAAAAAAUAAUAUAUGUGGACAAUAAAAAAAUAUAUAAACAUAUGUAAUUCAAAAUCUUGCAUUGUCACUGGUCAACAUGAGCCACAUUAUCUGCAUCAGCUAUCAGUGGCAAUGGUGUAACAAGGGAAUGCAGCAUUGGUUGCAGUGUGUCUGUGAAACUGUUCACAAUGUUCAUCACAGCUUAAAAGUUGCAAUUUGCAACAGAAUUGACAUCUUGAUGUCAUAAUUGCAUGGCUGUGAAUAAAAUGCAUCUGAAAAUGCUGAUGCCAUAAAGUG